AUGGUCGACUUUGGAAGAGCACAACCUCCCAAAUACUCGGUCUCGGCCUCCUCGGCUUCUAUCAGACAACGGAACUCAACCGCCACCGCCUCCUCCAUCACGCAGUCAGAUCCGCCUUCGCCUCACUUCUCACAAUUGGACACACCGCAACCCCUUGGGUCACCGCAACCCUUAGAGUCACCGCAACCCCUAGAGUCACCAUCACCCUCGUACGAACAAUCUGAAUUUAAAAUUGUUGAGGACGUUGCUGGUCAGGACCAACCUCUGGAUGCCACUUCCGAGGGAUCGAGUUCCUUCUCGGGUUCUUCGUCGUCAAGCAUUAGGUCAGAUGUGCCCGAUUUCGCCUAUCUUGUCAACAGGCAGGCGGCCAUGUUUGGAGCCUUUUCACAGUUCCUCUCCUCCCUCAACACGCCCAUCAUCCUCGACGACAAGAACAGCAACUCCUAUCCGUAUCGCGAGAACAUCAGCAAUGGCUACCACCCCGACGAUACCGAUCAAGUCGCGGAGCAAGACUCUUACGGCCUCGAAGCUCGCUCAGCAGCCUCCGGAAGAGAGGCCCUACCACUCUACAUGUCCAUGAAGAUGUCAGAGCUCGCAGUGAUCGAUCUAAAGGUGGCCGCCAAGCAUUCGCUCCUCCCAGCCCAGACUCGGACACUUCUGGUCGACCAUCUGGGGUACUUUCAAAUGGCAGCCAAGACCCACACGAGGAAGCUACAGUUCUUAGAGGCGAGGAACAAAGGGUGGGUCGACGGCGUGAUUGCUCGCAAUGUGUACUUGGGCGCAGAGCUGAAACGACUUGAAGGGAUGUCAAGCGAGCAAUAUAUUGUUCAGAAUGAUGUUUGGGCCCGUUUAUGCAAGUUCUUUUGCACCUCUCCUCAUCUUAAUGACCAUCGUCUUCAUGCCAGCAAGGUGGCGUCCGUCGAAAAGACACUUGAUCGAUUGUUCUUCAGUGCCUUGAAGGAAGACCGGAAACAGUUGCAGAUGACAAUUUUGCAGGUCCAGGAGUUGCAGCAGAGGCAAGCCAUGGACCAAACGCGCCAGACUAUCCAGGAUAUAUUGGGUCAUGAACGCGGACAACAGGAACAACUCCAACGCGACAUCAUGGCGUACGUGUGGACACACCUGGGUGGCCACCAGUUCGAGCAAGAAACCUACCGCAAUAACCUCGCACUGCUGAGGACCAUGGACAAGCAACAGAAGCAGACAGGCGGACAUCUUCAAUGGAUCCUCUUGGAGCUGACAGGGUUCGAGGCAGAGCUAGAGAUGCUGUGGGAGCGGAUGUCCGAUGUAGGGGUCAUUGAGCCUCAAGAGGGUACAGGAAAGGGCCAGAGCCAGGGACAGGGAAAAGGACAGGGUACAGCCAAGAGAGCAAACGGCAAAAAGAAGACGGCCAUCUCACUACAGGAUGAGAUUAACCAAAUCGAGACCAUGACCAACAAUCUGAAGGCGAGAAAAGUUCCGGCUUUCUAA